CUUCACAAACUUGAACAUCUCCUUCUCCUCUCCUCCUCACUUUUCUUCUAGUUUCAUCAAAGGGCAUUUGCAUCAUUUCACUUAUUUGAUUUGAUUAAAGUCAAAUGGACACGUGAGCUAACUAAGAUCUUGUUCCGACAAGACACAAGACAAAGACGAAGGCCUCUUCUGUGUUUCUUCUAUAUAUAAAGUGAAGAACAAAACACUUAAUUAGCCUUAUUAACUAAGAUCUUGCCUUCACCAAAAUCUUCUAUACAGCUUCUCAAUUAUCUCUCUUCCUCACAGGUACAGUUAAUAGCUAUAUGUUUUUAAAAAAAUGGGGAGAUUACCGUGUUGUGAUGAGAGCGGAUUAAAGAAAGGACCAUGGACGCCAGAAGAAGAUCAGAAACUGAUAAAUCACAUAAGAAAACACGGCCAUGGAAGCUGGAGAGCUCUUCCCAAGCAAGCCGGUUUAAACCGGUGUGGAAAGAGUUGCCGAUUGAGAUGGACUAAUUACUUGAGACCAGACAUCAAAAGAGGAAACUUCACAGCUGAGGAAGAGCAAACCAUCAUCAACCUCCAUUCUCUUCUUGGGAACAAGUGGUCGUCUAUAGCUGGUCAUCUCCCAGGAAGAACGGAUAACGAAAUAAAGAACUAUUGGAACACACAUAUCAGAAAGAAACUUAUUCAGAUGGGAAUCGAUCCAGUGACCCAAAGGCCAAGAACCGACCAUCUAAACGUUCUAGCCGCUCUCCCGCAACUACUAGCCGCCGCAAAUUUCAACAACCUCUUGAAUCUGAAUCAAAGUGUACAAUUGGAUGCAACAAGUGUUGCAAAAGCCCAGUUGUUACAUAGUAUGAUUCAAGUCCUUAGCAACAACAAUACCUCUUCCUCACUUGAAACUCAUCACACCAACAAUAACCUCUUUGGCCAAUCUUCUUUCUUGGAGAACCUACCAAGUAUUGGUGAAAAUCUUUAUGAUCAAACCCAAAGCCUCUCUCACAUUGUUAAUCAGCCUUUGGACUCGUUUACUAGCCCGAUUCGAGUAGUUGCUCAUCAAGAUCAGAAUUCUAUUCCACCGUUGGUUUCGGCAUCUCCUGAUGAGUCUAAGCAAACCCAAAUGAUGGUCAAGGACAAGGAAAUUUUGAGGCAUACGGAUCACACUUCAAACCCUUCAUCGACCUCAACGUUCACCCAAGAUCAUCAGCCAUGGUGUGAUAUAAUUGAUGAUGAAGCAAGCGAUUCUUAUUGGAAAGAGAUCAUAGAGCAAACUUGUUCGGAGCCUUGGCCAUUUCGUGAAUAGAGAGGCGAAAGAAAAACAUUAGCAUUAUUUUUUUCUGUGGAUAUAGAUGUAUACAUAUAUAUUGUUAAUUAACUUUCAUACAGUUUGUGUAUUAUUCGACCAUGUAUACAAAACACAUUUAUA